AAUGGACAGUAUCAGUCACUUACCUGAAGAAAUCAUAGUGAAGAUAUUGACGUUUCUUCGGACGAAAGAUGUAAUGCGAACUAUGGUCUUGUCUAAACGGUGGAAAUCUCUCUGGAUAUUGGUACCAAGACUUGAGUUUGAUGAGGUCACUCACUUUUUCGGAUCUGAAUCUGAGCGAGCUACAAGGCCUGAUUACGUAAAAUUUUGGCGGUUUGUGGACAGAUCGUUGAUGUCACGCGCAGGUCAAGUUCUACAAAGUCUGUAUCUCAGAUUAAGUCAAUAUUACAAAUAUGAUGACGUGGAGAUCUGGCUUGGAACCGCGGUGAAAUUUGGUCUAAGGGAGCUGAAACUCCAAUACCAUUCGUCGGGUAUUGGACCUUGUGUAAAUAGUUUAUAUACUUGUGAAACGCUUGUGGUCUUGAGACUCGAAAGCGGUAGUUUGGAUGUUCCUGAUCACGUUUGUCUAAGGUCUCUGAAAACUUUGUCCCUCGUAUCUAUGAGUUACUCUAACCCCAAUGCUCUCCUUAGACUUUUACCUAAUUGUCCUGUUCUUGAAGACUUAUUCCUAGUGCAAAGAUCCUUUCUGCCCAAUGCGCUGAAUUAUAAGAUUAUAGUUCCUUCUUUGAAGAGAUUAUCUUUGAUUGCCCCAUUGAAACUUAAUAAUGUCAGUGAAGUUGUGAUAGAUACUCCACUAUUAAAAUCCUUGCAAAUUAUAAAUCGUUCAGGUAGCCUUUCAUUUAGCGAACCAAUGAACAACAGUGAGGUACUCAAGGCCAAUAUUGAUGUUAUUCUCAAGCGUCCCGAGAAGCUUCUGCAUUCUCUUGCUUCUAUCGUGCAUAUUCGUUUAUGUUUAUCAGACUCAGAGGUGGUGUAUCCUCAUGGUUGUUGCUUCCAUAGACUCAAAUAUUUGGAGGUAUGUACAUGCAAAUCGGAGUGGUUUUUACUAUUUAUGCGUCUGCUCCAAGAUUCACCUGUCUUAAAGGUUAUCAAAAUCAAUCAGUGUCAUCCUGCUAUAAAUCCCCAUCAUCAUCAGUCCAACCAACCGGUUUCUGUUCCAAGAUGUUUGUCCUCGAAUCUUGAAAUCUUUGAGUGGAUAAAAUACGAAGGAACACAACACGAGAGAGAACUUUCGACGUACAUCUUGAAAACCGCAGUUUUCUUAAAGAAGGCGAGCUUCACUGCUAGAUCCGAUGGUUACAAGGAGAAACUGCAGAUGCUUCAGGAGUUAUCUUUUUCACGAAGGGCUUCAUCCACUUGUGAGCUUGUGUUUAACUAAAAGACCUAAACUCUACUCGGAUGCUUUCUCAACAAGUCAUCUUCUCGUGUUAUUUUGACUCCAAAUUUUUAUCUGCAUCAAUUUAUGUUAUUC